UGACAGCAGCUAGCAAACAUCUCAUCUGCCUGGCUCAACGACGUUAUGGUUUCGCUAGCUGCGUGUUUUGUCCUGUUUUUGACUAAUUUUCCUCAUUUGCACGCAGCCACAGCUUAGCAUGUGCAGCUCGAGCUGUUUAACAAGUAACCAGAUCGUUUGUCACGCUUAAAAUACCGAAACCAGCGAUUGUUUGGACUUUUGGAGGCCGUGUAUUCAAUUUUAAACCUAUUUUCAGCACAAUUUUUCAGCGACCAAUCAAGAUUUUUUCUUUUUUAUUCUAUACAGCAUAUUAUUGCCUACCGCCUCGCUUGAAAGGCAUAUCAAAUUGACGUUUUAUUUUAUAACAACAGCGAGAAUUGCGGUUCAACGCUGUUUGUUUUUUCCAACCAGCACAGCAGCACCAAAGCUCUGCAAAUAAUAUCACCAGCUGCUCAAAUACACUUUUUUUGUGUGUGUGUAAGACAAGCUAUACAAUCUGGCAACCAGUGUCCUCGUCAGGUCGAUCUGACUAACCUGUCAAUCCAUUGUUUUUUUGCUUCUUUAUUUCCAGACUCAGCGAUGGUCUCUAGUUAACAGCGUUUGCUGUCACUAUCAGAGCCUAAAAUUGACCAAGUACAGAACUAAAGCUGUGAGCUCCUAUCGGUUUGACAGCUCAUCUAUAAAAGUCUUUAGACCUUCCUGAGUGUCACCACUUGCAUGCUUUCAGGAAGAGUUGCCAGAUUUUGCAAACCUGGAAGGGUUUCUGUUGUCCGUGUCGUGUUUCUCUCACAGUUUUAACAACUGAUGUCCAUCAUCUAGUUUAAUAUGAACAGGACUAGUUAAUUGUAGUUAUUUUCGGCAGCUGAGGGACAUUUUUAUUCGGUUUUUAUCAUCAAUCUUUUUGGAAACCAGCGUGUUUAUUUGUAAAUUUUUGUCCAUUCGUUUUUACACAUCUUUUGUCAACAUCACCCCUCACAUCUAAACAUCUCCCUCGCUGCCUUGUACAAAAUAAUUCAUUUUGUAAAUUCGCCUGACAGGAUUUUUUUCAUACUCUGAACGCUGGAAGAGGAAGAAGCGUGAAGGAACGAAAGGCUGCUGCUUGUUUUUUUUCCUCGUUUAUUUCUGACCCGGAUUGUCGUUUUUUUUUUAUCGUUGUUUAUUUCUUAAAAUGACGGCUAUCGAGAAACUGCAGAUGUUGAUCGAAGCAGCUGAAUAUCUUGACCGAAGAGAAAGAGAAGCGGAGCACGGUUAUGCCUCCAUGUUACCCUUCACCAGCAACAAAGAGAGGGAUGGCUUGAAGCGAAAAAUCAAAAGCAAGAAAAAUUGCAGCAGCAGGUCUACACACAACGAGAUGGAGAAGAAUCGGAGGGCACAUUUACGACUGUGUUUGGAGCGCUUGAAAUCCCUCGUGCCCUUAGGACCAGAGUCAAACAGGCACACAACUCUCAGCCUGCUCAUGAGGGCCAAGGAACACAUCAAGAGGUUGGAGGACAGCGAGAGGAAGGCCCAGCACACUAUAGACCAGCUGCAGAGAGAACAGCGGCACCUGCGCAGGCGUCUGGAGCAGCUGGGUGUGGAGCGCACACGCAUGGACAGCAUGGGCUCCACCAUCUCUUCAGACAAAUCCGACUCUGACCAAGAAGAGGUGGAUGUUGACGUGGAGGGCACAGACUAUCUGCUUGGAGACCUGGAGUGGAGCACCAGCAGCGUGAGCGACUCUGACGAGCGGGGAAGCUUGCGCAGUAGCUGCAGCGAUGAAGGCUAUUCCAGUGCCAGUCUCCGUCGCCUCGCCAAUUCUCAGGAGAACAGCCUGGUGCUGGCCUGCAGUCUAUAAGAGCACAGAUCACUCCUCGGCCACUCAUCUCGCACCACUUCAACCUGUACCUCCAGUCAUCUAUGCGCCGCUCCUCCUCCUCUAAUACUUGAACGGUGUCGAUUCCUUCACAUCUGAAUAAAGCUCUUAUUCUUGCUCCAGUCCAAAGGAGGAAGCACGGAGAAAAGUAUUGGAUUUGGAUGAGCCGCUCACCAACCAGACCUCAUGCAGCACUGACAUCCCCUCUCCUUCGUCCAAUCAUAUCUUUCCACUAGUGAUGCGCAUUAUUAUCGGAAAGUUUGAUCAAAUCAGCUGAAAAUGUUAGCAUCGGAUAUGUUAGAAUGAUAUGUGAAAUUCUGCCGAUUAGAUGAUGUUGAUUUAUGAGCCUGCAGUAACUUAAUUGUCCACUAGGAGUGCUAACAGUAAGAUUUACAUUUAUGUAAGUUACAUCGUUUACAAAUUCCAGAUUUAAAAUGCAAAUUUGACUUGAUGUCACCACCCUCUCCAGGUCCCGGUGACCACCCAGUAAGACUAUUUGUAUGAAUGGAAUGGUACGAAUCUGUCUAAAGGCCCGUGCGCACCAGGACGCUUUUUGCUCGCAUUUUCCAUCAACGUUUAACGCCUUGUGACUAAAUAAAGGGCGCCAAUGUGAUCGUGCACACCAACACGCAAAGCAGCAGGCGUAAAUACGUCAUUUUUAAAGAAACGCCUCAUGCUGUUUUUGUUUUUUGGCACGCCGUGUCAAAACCUUCUCCACCAAUCAGAUUGGCACUUUUGUUCACGUCCACGGAGCUGCUGAAGUUACAGUAAACAGCACUUGGAGGCGCUCAAGUGAAAACUGUCAUUGCGAGCGCACAUUGAAGAAGAUUCCUAGAGACGAUAUCAACGUGGAGCUGCUUAUUACUCUGGUGAACAAUAAACAUUUUUUCAUCGCUAGACCUGAAGCUGCUACUUGAACCAUCCAUGCUUGUUUGAAUUACAAGUAACUUUAACAACAAGCGUGUCAACUUUCUGUCUUCUUCUGUGUUACAAGCAAGUGCCAGAAGCUUAAAGUUGUGUAGCGCCAUCUAAUGUCAAGGAGUGAUUUUGCAUACUCUUCUGCUCGACGCCAGUGAAAAUCGCUUGGAUUUGAAUCUGGAAAAACGUCUUGGAAAAACGCUGAUGAUAAACGCAAACAAAAAGUGUCCCGGUGUGUACGAGCCUUAAGGUUGUUUUCACACCUGCUUUAUUUAGUUCAGUUGAAUCACACUAGAGUUCGUUUUCCCUCUUGGUGCGGUUCGUUUGGGCAGGUGUGAAUGUAGCAAUCGCACUCGAGUGCGCACCAAAAGCGGACCAAAAGAGCGUACCGAGACCACCUCGCUUUCAAAUGAACCCUCGAGUGGUUCAUUUGUGGUGAGAACAUAAUCCAAACUAAAACUGACCCAACCGCAAACAGUACUGCGCCUUUUUGGACUAAUCCAGCUGCCGUAGUGCGCUGUGCAUUAUGGGAUGUGGAGGAAAAUAUUUGUUGACAGCACUUUACCAACAAUUUUAAACAGAGAGAGGGAAAAACUAUUUGUUUUUCCUGCUUUGGAAGUCAAUGGUUUUCAGCAUUCUACAAAAUAUCUUCUUUUGUGUUGAACAGAAUAAAGUAAUUCAUAAAGGUUUGGAACCACUUGAGGUUUAGUAAAUCGUGAGUAAAUAUUCGUUAUUGGGUGAACUAUCUCUUUAAGCAAUGAUCUGUGUCAUCAAAUCAAGUCUGAUUUGAUAUAAUGAACAAAAGCUACAGGUUAUGGAGAAUAAAUAUCACAAACUUGACGGAUCGCAAACAUAAAACAGAUAUCAGCAUCAUCUAUCGGCAUAAAGGGGUGAAACAUAAUGGCUCAUCAGAUAUCAGCGCAUAUCAUGCAUCACUAUUCCCACUCAUUUGCCUUGGCUCCCGCCCCAUCAUCCAGGAGAGAGGCACUCGAUUUGGGACAUUUCUCAUCCCAAAAAACCCCCCUAAAGACCCUCAAAGACCUCAAGCCAGAUGAAGAAUGUGUACCAUACCACACCCACUGCCUAUUCACUGUCGCUCUCUGGGACAAUCACACCCCGGCUGACUUACACAGCCCUUUAUGUUCCUUCAAUCAAAAACAACAAACAAAACUGUACCGUCCAGACACAGGGCUGACCAGUUAGCUAACCUACCAGAGCAUGGUAUUUUGCACUUAGAUGACGACGUCCGUAGGAGUGGCCUUUUUUAACACUCCAGUUUUGCCUCAUCCCGCAUAAUAAUAACCAAGGACCGGAUUUUGGGGUGAAAGCUGCGAGAUCAGAACAAAAAAAGGGCUACUUCUACCGUCCAGGCAAGGAUCGCUUUGUGUCAAAAAAACAAACAAACAAAAAAAAGAUGUGCUGUCAUGUUUCGUUUUUUCUAAAAAAAAACGUCUCUCCGAAGGGACCGCAGCUACUUUAGUGAUGUAUCAGGCAGUAGUGUGUUAGCUAGUCUUAAAAUAUCUACCUGCACUGUUUUAAAGACACCCGAUUCUGCAGCGAUCACAGGUGUGUUGAUGUUUUGGUUUGGUUGAAUAUUUACGCUCAUGCUGUGCUAAAUCAUCAAGGCGGUAGCAAUACACCCCUUCAAAUGAACUCGGAUCUUCCUAAUCAGAGGAAAAUCCAUUAUUUUAAUACUUUAAAUAUGAUCUGCCAUCUUGAAAAAGUCCUUCAACUACAGCAAGCAAUGGGCCGGAGCGUUUGCAGCAUGAGAUUCUUCUUCAAAGGGUUUGUGGGUUGGGUUUUUGAAAAACGGGGUGGGACCGUCUGGAUCUCAGGUAUCUCUUCCUCUCUCUCUAAGGACAGUGGCGUGUGUUUUUGGUUUUUUUUGGGGUAUGUCUGAUGCAUUGUUUGUCUGUUUUCUUUUUCUCUUGACUGUUCAGCCCCAGGGCGACUCUAGAAGCACAUUCCAUGGUAGAGCAGAGGUUUGCAUUAUUGCAUGGUCUGCAUACACACUGACACAAAGGCUUCAGAUUACCUGCUGUAUGAGCGACGGAGCCCUCUGAUCCUGCGCUAUCAGCCUCAUUGUAAGAGUGUGUUUGUUUGUGUGUGUGUGGCUGCAGCACUGCAUUGCAGUUUCACUCCUGCUACCUAGCUUUUUACCAUUUCAGCUAAAUGUAGUGUAAAUAGUUCACAGAAAUAGAGAUAUCUACCCUAUAUGUACGUAUAUUGAUAAAGUAUUUAUAUUUGAUCUACAUUGACAGAAAUCUAUAUAUGAGAAUAUAUUUGAGUAGUGGUUAGCUUAGUCGCUUCAGUUCUUCUGUUUGUUCGUUUCAAUGUGUAGUUGAUUUGCACUAAAUAGUUAGGUAGCCAGCAAACAAUUUUGUGUUUAAUACAUCUAAAUGUAGACAGCUUGGCUAAAACAAGGCUACACUUCGGUUGUCAAAGUCUAAUAGACGUCUAAGAAUAGCCCAAAACUAGACUAGUCGUCAAAUAAACAGAUCCCAGCAAGCGUUUUUUGUUUUUAAAAGAUGUCUAAUAGAUGUUUAAACAAAGUAAUCUUGGCUAAAACAAGAAUAAAUUUGGGCUGUCAGUGAAAAUCUAAUAGACAUCUAAGAAUAGCCCAAAACUAGACUAGUCAUCAAAUAAACAGAAAUGAAUGACUACACAUAUGAAGUCUGUCUAAUCUGUCUAUUUGACGACUAGUCUAGUUUUGGGCUGUUCUUAGAUGUCUAUUAGAUUUUCACUGACAGCCCAAAUUUAUCCUUGUUUUAGCCAAGACAACUAUGUUUAGACGUAUAUUAGACGUCUAUUAAACACAAAAUUGUUUGCAGGGAUUAGACAGACUUCAUAUGUGUAGUCAUUCAUUUCUGUUUAUAUGAUGACUAGUCUAGUUUUAGGCUAUUCCUAGACAUCUAUUAGACUUUCACUGACAGACGUCUAACUUAAAAAAAAAAAAAUGUUUGCUGGGGUAUUAAUAUAUCUUGUUUUACAUUAUCUUCAAAUCUGACGCUCACAGAGCCCCCCAAAAACUUUAUAUAUAUAUAUAUUUUAUUUCCUGCACAAAAAUAAAAAUGACAACUAAAAAAAAACUAAAAAGUGAGAUAAAUUGCAUUAAAAAAAAUAGUUGUUUGGGAUGUAUUUGUUGGUGUGUUGGUGGCACUGCGAUUGUGGAAAGUGGGUAAUCAGAGUAGCCUGUUAUUAUUGUGCCUGGAGAAGUGUUUUCUUAAAACACUAGUGAGUAAAGUGGGCUCUGUAGGAAGCCUAGCGAAGGAUCUGUGUUUGAAUGUACUAUUGCAUUAAAUUAAAUUCUAUUGCAUCGGUCUCAAACUCGAUACCUGGAGAGCUGCAGCUUUGCACAGUUUUGCUCCAACCUUAAUCAAACACAGCUGAUCCAUAUAAUCAAGGAGCUCUAUUUUAACGAUCUAGGCACAAAGUCUAAAGCACAUAGGGCGUGUCUGAAUCCACUUUUGCUUUUUUAAGGACGGAAAAAAUACGCUUUGCGCCACAGCACAUGGUCUAACAGGGGUUGUGCUUAUUCCCUUAAUGAGUUAUGGGUGUGUUUUGAGCAUAACGUGCAUUAAACCAAUCAGAGACUCGUCUCCCAUUCCCUUUAAGAGUCAGUUGCGUCGCGCCAUGGUGCAAUUGCCUUUUUACAUGGCGGACUUUGCAAGUGAAAAAACUGAACGCUUCACUAGCGAGAAAACAGUUAAACAAACCAUCUGCAGUGUGAGGAUAAAGGAUGAUCCUCCUCCAUUCGGCCUCUUUACUUUCUCUUUACUUUACUUUUACUCAUUACUUUACUCCUUUACUUUCGUGGAUAAGGAAAUGGUGUUGUAUACAUCCAUUAGCCUACAUAUUUAAUUUCGUUUAAGUGCAAAGAUUUGUUUCAAAACUAUUUCUGAUUUAAGUUUUAAUUUCCAGCAAAUGAAUAAAUGAACAAUAAUAAUGAAGUGUGAGCAAAUAAUAACAACAACAUUAUACAAAUGCAAAUUGUCAUGAAUAAUCUGAAAAAGCCCCCUGAGAUGAAGGCAUGGAGGCAGUGGUUUUUAUAUUUAUGUAGAAAAUAAUAAUUUUUGUAAUAUUUUAAUCCUUUAAUUGUUUUCAUUUGUAAAGAUAUGUGUAUCGCUGUACAUCCUCUGUGGAUUAAGCAACCUGUCCGCGUUUAAGGCACACAACUAACGCGCUCUGCGCUGGACAUUAGACCAGCUUGUAGUUGGUCAAUGGCGCGGUCUAUUUCAAUUCAUCAAAAUAGCAACGCGCCAACAAUGUGCCUUAACACACCUCCUUUCUAGACUGGCACACCCAUGAGUCCACAAAGUGGGUCAAAUGGAUUUACUAUUUAAACAAUGUUGCGCAAUGUGGGAAAAUUAGGGUUGUGUUGGUCCUGCGUCAGGUGUAUGAUAGGGCCCGAGGUGUUCAAAAGAGUCUUGAACACCUUGAUUAGUGGCAUCAGCUGUGUUUGAUUAGAGUUGGAGUAAAACGGCCCUCCAGGAUUCCAGUUUGAGACCUAUGUUCUAGAGUAUACACUGAUUUCAGAUAUACAGUGUGUGUGUGUGUAUAUACAUACGCUUUAGAGUAAUGUACCAAAAAUAGAGUUUAAACAAACGGAUUGUUCCUUCUUAAUGUACGGAUUGCUGCUGUUGGGUAGUUUUGAAUUUAAAACGAAAUCCAAAAAAAAAAAUGUAUGAAACAAAUGUAAAGUAUAAAAGUUGUUCGAGUUGUAGCUAUGAGAGCAUUAGAGCACGGUGUAUUUUGAAAUGUGGGAGAACAGUGUGUUUUGUAUAUAUAAAAAAGAUAAAUAUAUAUAUAAAUAUACAGUAUAUAUGUUUGCUUGUUUGUGACGUCACUGUCCACAGACAGAGAGAAAGGGUUCAACUCUCUCUCUCUCUCUCUCUCUCUCUCUCUCUCUCUCUCUCUCUCUCUCUCUCUCUCUCUCUCUCUCUCUCUCUCUCUCUCUCUCUAGCUCUCUCUCUCUUUCUCUUCUUCAAUAGGGGUUUUGGGGCUGUUUGCCUUUGUAUUGAUAUGUUUUGUUUUUGUUACAAAAAGGUGCAAACUAAAACGUGAACUUCCUUCUCAAGAUCGUGUCUUGUUGAGAAAUGGUGUCUUGAAUAUGAUCCCGACCCGCACCCACCGAAGUCGGCUCUGCUUUCUGUGCAGUUCCACCUUUUUGUUGAUAUUUUUAUGUUUUUUCCCUCUUGAUAUUCGCCGUCUUCUGUGAACGCCAGUGGCGGGACAUAGAGAACGUGCUGCACUUCCGAAUGUUAUGUGAAAGACUCUACGGUGCUGUCAAUCUCACUGAUGUGAAUUUUUGCGCUACAAAAACACACUUUCAGAUUUUUGUCCCGGCGCUGCGCUUGUCACAGUCUAUGAUGUCACCGCGGGGGUAGAUGUACUACUUUUUGUUUUGUAUAUAUGGGUUAUGUACCGUACGCAGAGUACAAACGGCUGAAGCCUUAAGACAUACAAAUGUAUGGAAACAGUAGAUGUUAUCAGAACCCAUUGCCAGUCAUUCCCACUGAUCGUGACUGCGUCUCAGGUGUUUCACACCUUUCCAAAUAUACAUCAACACACACACACAUACGCACACACACUCAUUCUUGAACAUAUACUGCCUCUUCUAAGCUAAAUUGAAAAGAGGUUUAUGUCUGUUUUACAUCCAAUCAGAAAUGGACAUUUCUAUGCUGUUACUUUUUAAGAAUUGGGCUACUUUGGUGUUGACUGCUAAAUAUGUGGUUAAAGGAAUGAACUUAAAAUAAAAAACUGAAACUGUA